UCAGUGACUAUUCUGAAUAACUAGCCCAUCCAGCUGGCAUCAAAACCACUGUGCAGAGAAACAAGAAGAGUGUUUCACUAUCUUCGCAGCCUUUUCCGAGUGUCCCAGGUUCCUUCUUUCACACAGGCUUUUGUGAAGAAAUGCUUCCUAGACGUCAGCGAGAGAUCAGUGUGUGUCAACAAACCGGGGCCCUGCUAUUAAAGCAUAUACUGGUGAAAUGGAGGAAGAUAAAGCAGAGUUUACAGGAAUUGCUCCUCUCAUUACUGAUGCCUUUCAUAUUGUAUACGGAUCUUAUUAGUGGUUGGUACAGGGGAUACCCUGAACUACCUUCGGUUGACCUUGGGCGUGUCGAUGAGUUUGAUAGGAACACAUAUGCAGUUCAGUAUACACCAGUGACGCAGACUACCAGACAAAUAAUGCAGCAUAUGGCUUCUGUUUCCUUUUUGAAUGAUAUUGUUGGAAACAACGCUGGAGAACAGACAGAGCUGGAAAGCACUAAUAUGACAUUCCAUGAUGUAAUAGAGGUUAACUUUAAUGAUGCUUUCUCUUAUGAGUUAGCUUCCCAUGCUUAUUCUUCAUUCCAUUUGCAAAGGGACAAUAUGGAUCAUCAUUCAGACAGGUGCUCUGCCUCAAUAUUUUAUCAGGCCAUCACUUGUUCUGUUACUGAACAGUGGACUUCAGGAUUUGUUCCCCUGCAAGCAAACAUUGACGCUGCUAUUAUUCAAGUUGCAUCAAACCACUCAGUGAUGGAAGAGCUGCAGUCAGUCACUGCUGAACAGAUGAGGCUACCUCCCUUUCGGGUUGUGGAAGGCAUUAACUAUGACUUUUUUCUUAUCUGCUGUGCAGUGGCAUUCUCUCCUCUCAUAUACUUUAUGUCACUCAAUGUGGCAAAAGAAAGGAGGAAGUUUAAGGAGCUGAUGAAGAUGAUGGCGCUCCAGGAUUUCGCCUUCUGGUUGUCCUGGGGUUUGCUGUAUGCAGGCUAUAUUUUAAUUAUGGCAAUUCUACUGACAUUUACCAUUAAAUCUGAAGAAUUUAUAUACCACACAAGCCAUUCCGUGAUAUUCUUCCUUUUUUACCUCUAUGGCAUCUCUUUGAUAUCACUUGCUUUCUUACUAAGUUCUUUGUUGAAGAAACCUAAGCUCACUGGCAUAGUUGGGUUCCUCUUCACCCUAUCCUUUGGAAGUCUGGGCCUUGUGGUGUUGUAUAACCAUAUUCCUGAACCUUUGGAAUGGGUUUUAAGUCUCUUUAGUCCUUUUGCUUUCACGGCUGGAUUUGUGCGGAUUCUACAUUUAGAAGAUGCUAUGAAGGGGGUGGAAUUUUCUGACUUUUUGGAAGACUCCUUCCCAAUGUUGGCAUUUUUUUUCCUGUUGGUUUUUGAUGCUCUUCUCUAUUUGGUGCUAGCCAUCUACUUUGACAAAGUUUUGCCUGAUAAAUAUGGGAUGCACCAUUCUUGUUUGUUCUUCCUGAAGCCAUCUUAUUGGUUUAAAAAAAGAAAAAAUUGUGUCAACAAUGAUAUCCUAGACUAUGAAGAAUACAGUGACCAGGUCUUUAAUGAUUAUGUUGAGCAAGUGCCUCCAGAAUUUCGUGGGAAAGAAGCCAUCAGUAUCAACAAUGUUAAAAAAACAUAUAAAGGGAAGGACAAGACAGUGAAUGCUUUAAGAGGUUUGUUGCUUAAUGUCUAUGAAGGCCAGAUCACUGCAUUACUUGGUCACAGCGGAGCUGGGAAAAGUACGCUACUGAACAUCCUGAGUGGACUUUGUCCACCUUCAGAAGGCUCUGCCAUGAUAUAUAAAUACAAAGUGACUGAAAUGGAGGACUUGGAAGAAAUUAGGAAAAUAAUUGGAGUUUGCCCACAAUUUAACGUUCAGUUUGAAGUUUUAACAGUGAAAGAAAAUCUAAGAAUUUUUGCUAAAAUCAAAGGGAUUCCGCUAAAAGAGGUUGAACAAGAGGUCCAAAAAGUUUUGACUAUGUUGAAAAUAGAACACAUCCAGGACUGCCAAGCUAGCAGCUUAAGCGGUGGCGAGAAAAGAAAGCUGACACUUGGAAUUGCCAUUUUAGGAGACCCGCAGGUUUUGAUAUUAGAUGAGCCAACUGCUGGAUUGGAUAUCAGUUCCAGAUACCAUGUAUGGAGCCUACUGAAGGAGCAUAAAGCUAACAGAGUAACCCUGUUCAGUACCCAGUUAACGGAUGAGGCAGAUAUUAUUGCUGACCGGAAAGCUUUUAUCUCCCAUGGGAGGUUAAAGUGUGUUGGCUCUUCUCUCUUUCUGAAGAGAAAAUGGGGAAUCGGUUAUCACUUAAGCCUGCACAUCAAUGACUCUUGUGAUUCUGCAAAAAUGACAUCUCUGGUCCAGCAGCAUAUUUCCAAUGCUAAGUUAUCUGGGCAGAGUCAUGAAGAACUGAUUUACAUGCUGCCCUUUGAAAACGUGGAUAAGUUCCCUGAACUGUUCUGUGAUCUAGACACUCAUGUGUGCCGGGAGAUUCUGAGUUACGGCAUUUCCAUGACAACCCUGGCUGAUGUGUUCCUGACACUGGAAGAAGAAGCAACAAUUGAUCAAGCAGAUUAUGGUGUUUUCGGUGAGGAGCAGGCAGAAGAGGAAAGAGACACCUUCUCUCCCCAUGAGUUGAAACAAAGUCUCCUGUCACUCUCAGACACUGGAAAGGCGACUGUAAGAGGCAGAGCCCUCUGGAGACAGCAAGUCUGUGCCCUGGCAAGAAUUCGCUUCUUAAAGCUAAAGCAUGAGAGUCAAGCUAUUAGGUCCAUAUUACUGGUGUGUGGUCUUCUUAUACUGCCUUGCCUGAUCUUCAAGAUAAUAAUUGAUGAAGACACUGUUGCCCAUACGAUGAAGGUUUCACCUCAGAUGUAUUUUCUCCAACCUGGACAGCAGCACUACCGAACCCAUCACACCAGCUUAUUGGUCCUCAAUGAUACAGGUUCAGACAUUGAGGACUUCAUCCAUGCUGUGAAAAGUCAGAAUAUAAUGUUGGAAGUAGCUAAUGGGAAAAACAUCUCAGAUGGUCAAGAAUACAAUGGGGCUAUUAAAGUAUCACUUGUAGACAAGCAUUUCAGAUUUUCUAUGAUGUGCCAUGUCAAGAGAAUCAAUUGUUUUCCAGUGCUUAUGAACAUCAUUAGCAAUGCAUUACUAAGAAACUUAAAUUCCACUAGGCAAAUUCAAGUCACAACUAGGAUGCGCCCUAUGAUGUCAUCUGAGCAUGAAAUGAGAUUACUUUGGCAUUCCAUUAUUUUCAUGUCUGUUUUAGCUUCUGGUUUUGCACCUCAUUUUGCAAUGAGCAGCACAGGUGAUUACAAGAUAAAAGCUCACUCCCAGCUAUGGACUUCAGGCAUGUUCCCUUCAGCAUAUUGGUGUGGCCAGGCUCUGGUGGACAUUCCUCUCUGCUGUGUUCUUCUCUUCACAAUGACUGGGAUUAUGUUUUUAAUUAGUUAUGAAGAUAGUCUGACUCCUGAAAUAUUAGCCUUACCUUUGGUUGUGUCUAUAUUUGGCUACGCAGCAUCCAUUGUUGUCCUCACUUACGUGAUCUCUUUUGCUUUUCGCAAAAGGAAAAGCUACAGUGACCUUUGGUCUUUUAUCUUUAUAUUUGUUUCUUUCAUGCUUAAUGCAAUUACUUAUGCAACCAAUAAGGCCUUCAUCACGACCAUCCUCACUGCCAUGAUUCCUUUCUAUACGUUAGCUGGCUGUAUAAGAAUAAUUGUGAAGGUGUCAUCAGACCAUGCAUUUGCCCUCUGGGAGGAAGAUGAAGAAAUGAUGCUGAGCAGAUUACACUUGCUAGCUAGCCUGGCACCAUACCUGCACUGUAUUAUUUUGAUUUUCAUUCUGCGAUGUCUGGAGUGGAAAUACGGAAGAAAAACUACGAGGGAGGAUCCAAUCUUCAGAAUUUCUCCAAGGAAAGAGAUCUUCUGCCAAAACCCUGAAGAGUCUGAAGGGGAAGAUGAAGAUGUUCAAGCUGAAAGAAUGAAAGCUGGGAGCGUGAUGACCUGUCAGAACCAGGAAGAGCGACCAAUCCUUAGCGUCAACAGUCUGCGCAAGGAAUACAAAGACAAGAAGGUCAGCUCCAUUUUUAAGAAAAGGAAGAAAGUUGCCACAAGAAACGUCUCCUUUUGCGUUAAAGAAGGUGAGGUUUUUGGGCUACUUGGACCCAAUGGGGCUGGCAAAAGCACAACUCUAAAGGUGAUCAUUGGAGACACGUCCCUAACUGCUGGACAGGUGGUGAUGAAAGGGGCAGAUGCAGCUGCUUCUCAACCAGAAGAGGACACAACUGACUUUCUAGGCUACUGCCCUCAGGAGAACCCUCUCUGGCCAAAUCUUACUGUUCAGGAACAUCUGGAGGUUUAUGCUGCUGUGAAAGGGAUGAGGAAAGAAGAUGCUGCUGUUACUAUCAAACGGGUAGUGAACGCUCUGAAACUUCAGGAGCUUCUUCAAAAACCAGCCAAGAAACUACCGGCAGGAAUAAGCAGAAAGGUGUGUUUUGCACUGAGCAUGCUGGGCAAGCCAACGCUGAUGCUUUUGGAUGAAUUGUCGACUGGAAUGGACCCCAUGGGGCAACAUCAUGUGUGGACAGCUGUUCGUGCUGCAUUGAAAAAUAAGAAACAAGGAGUCAUCUUGACAACCCAUUACAUGAAGGAGGCUGAGGCAUUGUGUGACCGAGUGGCCAUCAUGGUGUCUGGGAAGCUCCACUGUAUUGGCUCCAUUCAGUACCUGAAAAGCAAGUUUGGCAAAGGUUACUUGCUGGAAAUUAAAGUGAAGGACCCAGAACAAGUUGAUCUCAUCCAUGCAGAGAUUACACGAAUCUUCCCACUUGCAGCACGUCAGGAACGGUAUUCCUCUUUGAUGGUCUAUAAGAUACCAAUGGAAAAUGUACAGUCUCUGUCCCAGGCCUUUUUCAAUUUGGAGGCAGCUAAACGUACCUUUGACCUAGAGGAAUACAGCCUUUCCCAGUCCACUUUGGAACAGGUGUUCUUAGAGCUUUCAAGAGAGCAGGAGAAAGAGGAUUUUGAGAUGAAUCUGGAUAGUACAGCAGAAUGGAAACCCCUUCAACAGGAUGAUCAUUAAAGCUCGGCACCACAGUUCUAUAUCUCUGCUACAAACAAUAUCUGCAUGUACAACUACAUAAGACGUUAUACCCAGUACUAACAUUGUAUUAUGCUAAUGUCAAGAGAGGAAAGUUCAGCCAGUCAUCAUGAAAACUGUUUUGUGAUUACUUC